UCUUUUAUCGAUUAUGAUAUUAUUUUAAUAUAAAUACGAGUUAAUAUCAAAAUAACAUUAGAACUAAACAAAAACAUUGUUCCCAACGCACCAUCUCCCAUGUUGUUUGACUUUGACUGCUGAACACUGCCACCAGAUUAAUCGUUACACAUGACUCGACAGAUCCAGAAAACCUAAAGUCAUUUGCUUUGUCAGAAAGUAUUAAAAGUUGAAAAUAAAAUCAGACACUUCAGGCGAACUCCAAGGUGGAUUCGAAUUUUUUGCGAGAUUCGCAACCUUUAACCCACUUUGUGAAGAAUGUGAUUUUUUGUGUAGUAGACGAAUGCAUUAACGAGCUAAGCAUUCUGAGCACUAUAAACUCAAGGAAUGAGGAAUGCCUCAAAGUUCAACCAGUAACUUAUAGGAGCGUUGAGGACCGCUACAUGGGUCAGGAACGUCAUGCUGAUUGUCGCAUCGGAUCAACGCGUGACGAUUUCGAUAAAUUGUCUCGAGAUAUCGUGACUUUGCAGAUGAUACUGACCGAAACGUGCAUCGAGAUUGCACAAUGCGAUGUCUACAAAACGUUGCAAAACUCCGUGAAAACAAUUAAACUUAUGAAUGAGGAAGAGGAGCAGCUGCUACGAGAUGAGCAGAAUUCUGGAAACAUCAUGCAGGAAUUAGAAAGACAGUACCAAGAGGAGAGGCUGAAUAGUAAUCGUGCCAUCGACGAAACAGACGCGAAGAUACAAACGCUGAGAUUUGAAGUGGAAGAUGUCAACUUGUACGGUCAGCACGAAGUGGAAUAUUUUAACAAAUGGGAAAAGGCCAGAGUCGAGCAGAAUAGGUUAAAAUGGACGGAAAAAGAAAGGCACCACCAAUCGGAAAUGGAGAAAAUGGCGACGAAUAUUAGUUUGGAGAAUAAAUGUCAUACAGCGUUGGUAAAUUUUUUAAACGAAAGCAGAGUCGACUACCUGGAUGACAUUCAGUACUGGAUGAAACGGUACGAUGAGGAAACGGAACAAUUGGAAGGGGAUAUGAUUCGUUUGAGAACGGAUCUGGAGAGAAUAACUCUCGACAGGAUCAGAAUGCAAAAGGAGUUCUCCAAACGAUCUGAUGAGAUCAGCGAUUGGCUGGAGUACAAGGAUAUUAAGAGGCAGAAAGAAGAACAGGAAUUAAAAGAGAUAUCGGCUGCCACCAAGAUUCAAGCUUGGUGGCGGGCUGUUAUGUACAGGAAGAAGUUGGGGCCGUACCGAAAGAAAAAGAAGGGCAAGAAAAAUAAAAAAAAGAAGAAAUAGACCAAAUAAAUUUUGAUUUUCUUUCACAAAUCGUUUCGU